UGGCAUCUGAGGGUGCUCUGUGAUCAAUAGGCAUGGGAAACAUCUCCUUUUGGGAUGAUCUGAACAGCUCCUGCAGCAACCCAGGCAACAGCUGCUACCUGGAAAACAGCAUGAGGUUCAACUUCACCCUCCAAGAGCAGGCAGCUGAUUUCUACGUUGUCCUGCCUGUGAUCUACUCUGUGAUCUGUGCUGUGGGGCUCACAGGCAACACUGCUGUCAUCUAUGUGAUCCUCAAAGCCCCCAAGAUGAAGACUGUGACCAACAUGUUCAUCCUGAACCUCGCUAUCGCUGAUGACUUGUUCACCCUUGUCUUGCCCAUCAAUAUUGCAGAGCACCUCCUCCGCUACUGGCCCUUUGGAGAAAUCCUCUGCAAGGUCAUCCUGUCCAUAGACCACUACAAUAUCUUCUCCAGCAUUUAUUUCCUGACAGUGAUGAGCAUAGACAGGUACCUGGUGGUGCUGGCUACAGUCAGGUCCAAGAGGAUGCCGCACCGCACGUACCGAGCAGCCAGGAUUGUCAGCCUGUGCAUCUGGAUCCUGGUCACCAUCAUAGUCCUCCCCUUCAUCAUCUUUGCCAAUGUCUACACCGACGACCUGGAGAUCAAGAGCUGUGGUCUCAAUUUCCCCAAGCCUGAGAGGUUUUGGUUCAAAGCCAGCAGGAUCUACACCCUCAUCCUUGGCUUUGCCAUUCCAGUAUCCACCAUCUGCAUCCUCUACACCAUGAUGCUCUACAAGCUGAGGAACAUGCACUUGAACUCCAAUGCCAGAGCCCUGGACAAAGCCAAGAAGAAAGUCACCAUUAUGGUCUUCAUAGUCCUGGCUGUGUUCCUCUUCUGUUGGACCCCCUUCCACUUGGCCACCAUCGUGGCUUUGACCACUGACUUACCACAGACUUCCAUGGUCAUUGGGAUAUCCUACUUCAUCACCAGCCUAAGCUAUGCCAAUUCCUGCUUGAAUCCUUUCUUGUAUGCUUUCCUGGAUGACAGUUUUCGGAAAAGUUUCCGGAAGUUGCUGGAAUGCAGAACUUCUUGA